AUGACAGCAUCACGGGUCCGAGCCCGCAAGAACAAGGUGCUGCGUUCAGUCUUCCAAACCGGCAUCUCGCAUCCCACGCCUCUUCUUCUGCCGACGCUGCCGGGAGAGCCCUUUGGUGGGCCGCUCUCUUCUCCCACCUCCACAUCCACCUCCCGUCGUGACAGCAUCUCCUUGCUUCACACGGCCAGCGAUCAGGUCCGUUGGGACAGGGCGUGGCAUGCCGUGACGUCAAAGAUUCAGCUGCCAGCCUCGGUGGCCGCGGAGGACUCCUUCGGCUCCUUGCCCGCCGAGCCCCGAGAGGAGGACGCACUGCUCCACCAGAGUUUGGCGCUCGUCCUCGACGCGCCCACUGCUCUUCCGCGUGCCGCCCACACGGACGACAUUCUUCGGUGGCACACCCACCAGGUCCGCCAGCACUUUGUACACCAUGUCCUGCCGCUGUUGGCUGCGUGUGCGUCGCAGGGUGACCAUGCACAGGUCUUGCUGAGCAGCGUGCAGACGCUGGAGGCGGCCCAUCGUCAGUACCUCUACGGCCUGGCGCUGAUUGUGCGAGGCAUCCGGGACGAGGCCGCGAGGCCUGUGGUGGUGGACAAGUUCAAACGAGACUUGCAUGCCAUCAUUGGCAACUCGUGGGCAAGGGGCCUCGCAGAGGCACUAAGGGGCGUCUUGUCCCGUUUGCUCGCGCUCAUUCUGGGAUCAGAUCGGAACGGCUUGGCAUCGGGCACCGGUCGCCGGGGCCACGGGCAACCGGAUGCAGCGAGAAGCGAGCUCCUGAGCUUGUUGGAGUCGUUGGAUAAUGUUGGCCUGGCAGGAGACAAGUUUCAGGUGCUGUUCGCCGAGGUCAUGGACGCGUGCAUGAGCGACUUCAUACGGCGCACCUACACGGGAGUAUGGACAGCGUUGGACGUGGGUGGGAAUGUCAGCCCGUCUACUUCGUCCGGGUGCAUGGCUCAUUUGUGCGACUGGGUCGAGAAUCACUACGGCCGUCUUGCCGUGGAAGUCUUCAGCCGUCUUGGGGGGGAGGUCUCGUGGACAGACGUCGCGCAGUGGCGAGAUAUCGCCAUUGGAAGACUGGCUUCGCUGCGCAUAAAGGAGCUUUUCGACAUCGUACUCCAUUGGCCUGAGAGCAAGGGAGGCCUGGAAGACCUUCGGUCUGCCGUCGCCACGCCGCAGCGGAGGCUGCAGCUCACGGAUACUUUCUCGGCUACUCUCCAGAAACGGCUGCUGCACCCAGGCAGGUCCACGCUCGACAUUUUGCAGACGUACAUCUCCAUGAUUCGGACGUUCCACCAGCUCGACUCCUCCAAGGUCUUGUUAGACCGGGUGGUCCACGCUUUGCAACUAUAUCUCUGUCAGCGAGACGACGCGAUCCGCAUCGUGGUCACGGGCUUGCUUUCCAGCCCCGACAGCAUCGACUCGGACGAGAGCAAACAACGGCUUGUCGAGCUGGCCGUGUUGCUCGACGAAGCUUCUCAGCAACAACGAUCUCAUGUCGACGAAGAGGAUCUCGACUGGGACGACAUGACGUGGGUACCUGAUCCCGUGGAUGCCGGUCCGAAUUACAAACGGCCAAAGAACGAAGACGUCAUUGGCACUCUCAUCAAUGCUCUAGGAUCGCAAGAGAUCUUCAUCAAAGAGUUCCAAAUGAUUAUUGCAGAGCGACUGUUGUCGAAUCAAACGGGCUUUCAGCAGGAGAUCAAGGUCCUGUCCCUGCUCAAGAAGAGAUUCGGGGAAAACGCGCUUCAAAACUGCGACGUCAUGGUCAAGGAUGUCUACGACUCUCGACGGGUAGAUGCCCUUCUCCGCAAGAACCUAGCGUCGACGGGCAGCCAGCAGGCCGACAGCCCACAACCCCUCAACUAUCACUCCAAGAUCCUAUCUCGCCUCUUCUGGCCUAGUCUUCCCAAGGAUCCAUUCACUGUUCCCGCGCCAGUUGCCGAGGUACAGAGACAAUACGAAGCAGGCUUCAAGCAGCUCAAGGCAUCUAGAAAACUGACAUGGCUGGACCACAUUGGCACGGCAACCGUUCAACUCGCUCUCCAGGACCGAACCCUGGAACAAGAGUGCAAAACCUACGAGGCCGCGGUUAUUUACGCCUUCCGGGACGACAAUGAGAGCUCGGCCUCUGGUCCUCAACAGCGCACAUUCAACGCGCUCUGGGAGACAUUAAUGAUUGACGAGGAUUUGUUGGAAUCGGCCCUGCGAUUCUGGAUCUCAAAACGUGUACUCCGCGACAUGGGAAACCGGACGUACGUGGUCUUGGAAAGGAUGGAUCAGGAUGAAUCGGCCAAUGCUGCCGACGACGACGGCUCUGCCGAUGAAGCAAUAGAAAUGAACCAGCCAUCGCCUCGCAGGCCCAAGAUGGAUCAACAGGAGCAGGAACGCCGCACGGUGUUUUGGCAAUUCAUCGUGGGCAUGUUGACCAAUUCGAGCCCCGCGAUGCCGCUGGGCCAGAUUGCGAUGAUGAUGAAAAUGCUCAUUGCUGACGGAUGUCCGUGGAGCAAUGAGGAGCUGCAGGAAUUCCUGGCAGAGAAGAUUGCAGAGGGAGAGUUGGAGCUUGCGGGGGGCAAGUAUCGGCUCGUGAAGAAGCAGUGA